AUGACUCAACAUCCUCAGCCAAGCGGUGGCGGCCGCUUGCUCAACACAUUCCUUAAUCGACCAGUCGAAGCUCAUGGAUCCGGAUGGUCUGAUCUAUGGGACGAAGGGAAUAGCAACCUCUGGGACCGGGGUAUAACAUCUCCGGCAUUAGUAGAUGUCAUCGAGCAAGAGCGGGAACUCCUUAAUCCAUUCACAGCAGAUGGAAAGAGGAAGAGAGCAAUUGGCUGCGGCCGAGGCUAUGAGGUAGUCAUGCUAGCAUUGCAUGGAUUCGAGGCUUAUGGGCUUGAAAUCUCCGCAACGGCAGUGAAAGAAGCGGAGUACUACGCCGCGGCUGAGAUGCAGAAUCCGUCUGCUUAUCAUUUUGGCAGUCGGCAAUCACCAUCCAGAUCUGGUUCCCCUGGCACAGCUACAUUUCUGCAGGGAGAUUUCUUCUCUUCCAAAUGGGAGAGAAAGGGUGAUGUUGACGGGACGACCCAAUUUGAUCUGGCAUAUGACUACACAUUCCUCUGUGCAUUGCAUCCAACUCAGCGUACACAAUGGGCGGCGAGCAUGGCUCGAAUUCUCAAGCGCGAUGGCCAUGGCCUGCUCAUCUGUCUUGAGUUCCCAUUGUAUAAAGAUCCACAACUGCCCGGUCCGCCUUGGGGCUUGAAAGGCGUGCAUUGGAAUUUACUUGCGCUGGGUGGCGAUGGACAGGUUUUUGGGGUGGUGGGUGGGGAUGGCAAGGAGAAGUGUGAUAAUGGAGUGGAGGAGGGUAGUUUCCGGAGGGUGCUUUAUACGAAGCCUGCGCGGUCGUAUGAAGUUGCGAGGGGGACGGAUAUGCUGAGUGUAUAUGCUCGAAAAUAG